AAAAGAAUCCAAUAUUGAGUCCAUCAAGCUUCGCUAGCAGUCCAUGUGAUUAUCUGUCACAACCCACAAAUCCGUCCACUUUCCAGUGAGGAACUUUGCUGUUCUCACUUAGCUUCUUCUUCUUCUUCUUCUUCUUCUUCUUCUUCUUCUUCUACUAAUUUUAAUUCUUCCAUUCUUUUUCUUUCUAUAUAAGAAAUUACUGUGAAUUAUCAAAACUUUCCCUUUUUGGUUUUAUUUCUUACCAAACACGCCCUUAACCAAGAAAAUAAGUACACCCCAUUUUCCCCCAUUUUCUUUCUUAUCAUAAUUGUGAUUUUUAUUUUUAGGAUUGAUAAUUCAGAAUUAUGGCUACUGAAGUUCCUGUUUCUGUUGUUGUUGAGCCACAAUUGAAAGAGCAGCAAGCAGAUCAAAAGGAGCCACAAAUUGUAGAGGAGAAAAUACCAGAAGAAGUGAUCAAAUCAUCUGAACAAUCAGACAUGCCUAAGACUGAAGAAGAAAAAACCGAGGUACACGAGAAAAAAACCGAGGAUGUUGUUACUGAUGAAAAGACGGUGUCACAACCAGAAUCUGUUGCUGAAGUGAAGCAAGAAGAAAGUCCCGAAAAUGAGCCUAAAACUGCAGAAACACCAGUUGAGAAGGAGGAGGAGCUACCUACAGUAGAGGCUCCUGUGAAAACCGAACAAGUGAUUGAAGAGAAGGCGAAAGAAACUGAAGCUCCCAAAAGUGAGGAGCCUGUUCAAAAGGAAGCUGAAGUACACCCCAAGAAUGAAGAGGAGAGUACUAAAGAGGUGGUGAAAGUGCCAGAACAAGAGGAGGAAGUUACGGCUGAGGUGAAGGAAGUUACUGCUGAACAAGACAGUAAAGAAGAGGAGGAGAAGGUGAAGGAUGUUUCUGAGAUAAUAAUUACCAGAGACAUUGAUGUUGUGAAAUCAAGUGUUGAGGUUGUUUCUGAGACAGAGGAAACGUCAGAAGUCAAGCCUGUCGAAGAAGAAGCUGUUGUUGCGGAGGUGAGUGACAGAAGUGUAGAUGCAAGUCUUGUUGAGGAACCUGUAAAGGCUGUUAAAGAAGAAGAGUUUAAGGAAGAAGUAAACUCGAAAGAAGAAGCUGCAAAAGAGAGUGAUGUGGUUGAAUCCGCUGUUGAAGAGGGUAGCGAAAAAUGUGAGAAAAUAACAGUAGAAGAUCAGUCUGUUCAGGAGGAAGUGGUGAAUGUCAAAGAUUUAGCCUCCAUAGAUUACCCUAAAAAUGUAGAGGAGUCGAAGCAAGAGCCGCCUUCUGAAGUAGAAGAGGAAGUUGUGAAUGUGAAGGAUUUAGCCUCUAUUGAUUACCCUAAGAAUGUAGAGGAGUCGAAGCAAGAAACACCUUCUGAAGUAGUCGAGGAAGUGGUGAAUGUCAAAGACUUAGUCUCUGUUGAUUACCCUCAAAAUGUAGAGGAGUCGAAGCAAGAAACAACACCUAGAGAAGCAGUGGAGGAAGUGGUGAAUGUCAAAGACUUAGCCUCAAUUGAUUACCCUCAGAAUGUAGAGGAGUCGAAGCAAGAGCCACCUUCUGAAGUAGCGGUGGAGGAAGUGGUGAACCCUACGAAUGUAGAGGAGUCGAAGCAAGAGCCACCUUCCGAAGUGGUGGAGGAAGUGGUGAACCCUACGAAUGUAGAGGAGUCGAAGCAAGAGCCGCCUUCUGAAGUGGUGAAUGUGAAAGAUUUAGCCUCAAUUGACUACCCUCAAAACGUAGAGGAGUCGAAACAAGAGCCAACUUCUGAAGUAGUGGAGAAAGUGAGUGAGCCUAGUGAAACACCAGUAGUUGAAGAAACUGUUGAAAAAGAAGAAAAUGGUGAAGCUACAAAAAGGGCUAGUCUAGGAGACAUGAUGAAAGAGGAAAACCAUGCUACUGAAACUGAAGAAACUCCAAAAGAAACAACAACAGAAGUUUUAGAACAGGUUAAAGUUGAAGACGAAGUGAAAACUGAGGAAACUAAACCAGAAGAAUCAACCGAGAAACAAGAAGUAGCUGCAAAAACCAGAGAUGUUGAGGUUGUUCCUCCACCUUUGAUACCUUCAGAGGAGAAGAAAGCAGAAGCAGAGAAAAAUGGACAUAUGAGUGAUGAAGUUGCAAAGGAAGAAGCUGUAACAAAGGUGGAAGAGAAAAGUAAAGAGGAAGUUGUAAGCAAACCUGCUUCAAAGACUAUAUUGUCAAAAGUGAGGAGUUCUCUUGUGAAAGCGAAGAAGGCGAUUAUUGGAAGAUCACCUUCUUCAAAGACAAUCUCAGUUGAUCCUAAGGUUGAUUUGUGAGUUUGAAUUUGAAUGAACUGUUUUUUUUUUUUUUAAUUGGUGUAUCAUAUUUUUGGUGAUUUUGAUGUUUGUGUUUUUGUUGUAUUUGUUUUUGGUUUGUGAUGGUAUUGUGUUUCAUAGAAUGUGAAUACACACAGAAGGGUAUAGGGGGUUUUGAGGUUCUGUGAACUUCAUGAUUUUCAUUUUCAUUUGAUUUGUUGUUUCAUUGAGAAUCUUAUUUAGUACUAUUUUUUUUUUCUUCUUGAAAUGUAUGGAUUAGUAAUUGUAUUUGUUUGGUUCUAGUUUGUUGAUUAAUGAUUAAACUGAAGAAUUGUUAUUGAAA